GCAUCUCUUCGCUGUUGUUUUUCGAAGCUGGCCAAGACAGGUUCAGCGCCACUGUUGUCUGUUUCCUUGACCUCUUCCUUUGUUCUAGGUUUUCCCUUUUCAUUCUUCUUCCCUCUUUACGAGGAGCUGUGCAGCUUCCUCUCAUCGAUGCCGAGAACUACCCUUUAUCGAUAUGCUGGACACCAAGGUGUCCGCCGUCUUCUCGCCCUUCUCUUUCAGUGCAUCUGCGCCGUGACGUUGUUUUCUACAGCGUGCUACAUCGUUGACAUUCGCUCGCGCUAUCGCCCACCCAGGAAAGAUUUUGACGCGCUCACCCAGUACAGCGAACUUCUGUGGAAUGCGAGCGGGCUCCCAGUCCCCGCUGUGGCGACUUCGGAGCUGCACCUGCCAGCCUUCCAGGUGCGCGACGGACCGUUUCUGAAGAACUUGAAUGCAUCCCUUACCCGCACAGGAGGAAGCACCGACGCCGCCCUCACUAACUACAACCUGCAAAAAACGGAGUGCCUGUGGUCGGCGCUGUUCGGCCCUGUUGCCACCACCUCUGCUGCACCAGCACCUUUCAUGACCCCUCUUGUUCACCUACACAUCUUCUUCCUACACGGCAACGCGGGGAGCCACACUCAAGGAGAGUAUUGGACGUGCGCGGUGCAGCACGCCAGUAAUUUGUUGGGGGCGAGCAUCACCACCUACGCCCUUCAGUGGGCGGAGCAGGCGAACGUGCAUCGUGGUCGUUUGGUGGGGCUGCAGGCCGACUACACGGCGGACGUCGUCGAAGCGGCCGUGCGUGGUGCGGUGGACGACGAUGGUGUCCGUCAUCGCGUGUGGCUUGUGGCGCAUUCCAUGGGCGGUGUGGUGGCCCGGCUGGCGGCGCAGCUGCUGGAUCCGUCGGUUGACCUCGGCGGCAUCGUCACCUUCAAUUCGCCGCAUCUAUUUCCUCCGCUGCUGUUGGACGCGCCGAUGGCGGAUGUGUACCGCGCCCUCACCGUGGCGGAGCAGCCUUCUUCAGCGGGGGAGCUCAAGCACGCUGAAAAGGCCGCCACCCCUGCCGCUGCUGUUUCUGGUGCUGCGUCGCCGGUGCGGCUUUCCAGUGCAACAGUAGUGAAAGCGUGUAGCACAUUGACAGAUGACUGCCUCCGCCACCGACACCGCCAGAGCCGCGUCCCGCAUCUCAUUUCCAUCACGUCGGGGGAGAUGGAUCUGCAAAUCGAGCCGGCCACCGUCUACCCCUCCCGAUGGUCGAGCCGGUACGCCGUCGCGUUCUUCAACACCCUCGACCGCGCCGUCUGCACGCACACCACUUCACAUGACGGGAUCUUGAUGGACCCGUGCGCCGUCACACUGGGUGCCCUGCAGCUUCUCUCUGCCUCUUUUAUCCAAGCCAAUGAUACCGCGAUGCCUGCGGAGGCGGAGGAGGUUGAUGCGGCGAACGCCAACGCACGUGCGCAGCUGCCCCUGCCACCAGGCAUCGUGUCGCGCGUCAGCCUUGUCGGUCAAUUGCUGUGGCAGCAGCAUAUGUGGCCGUGGGCGGUGUCGUCCCUCUACGGUUACGUGCUCCUCGGCGGGCUGUGGCCGCAAGUUGGACAGUCAGCGGAGAUGCUGUUGCAGUGGUGGCCUAUGAAACGCGGGACGGUGCGUCCUUUAGCGUCCCUGCUGCACCGCAUCGUGUCGAGUGAGUUCUCCGUGCCAGUUUUUCUUGUAUUCUUUUACGGCUGCACCUCCGUGUACGCGACGCUGACCGAGCUGUACCUUCUGGGCACCAGUCAGCGGGCUUCGUACGGUGCUACGUAUCCCUGGCAGUGGGAGACGUAUCCGCAGCUACGCCACACAUCAGCCAGCGUCGUUGCACCCCUGCAGUUCGUCGUUUUAACCCUUUUCUUUGUGCUAACCUCCGUCGGGCCCGUCACGGUGGGGAUCAACGCCGGGAUGGCGCUCGUGGUGAUGGGCAGUGUGGCGCGCUACAUCAAGGCGAGAGUGGGCAGAUGCCGACGGGUCUUUGCGACGCCGCGUCGGCGACAGACAGCUGCUGUGCUCCUUCCUGUGCUGCUCGUUAGCCUUUAUCUCGUGUUUCUCUCGAUGGGCGUCAGCCCCACGGCGCGCGCGAUGGCGUGGGUGGCGCUGUUCCUCUUCGUUCCAGACUUUCGCCGGACGCAGGCGAAGCAAGAGGACCGAAGGGUGACCCCUGCAGCAGCAGAGGACGUCGAGUCACCGAACUAUGAUGCGGACGCCGUGGAAGUUCAUUUCCGCGCUGAUUUUGUGGUCACAAAGGUCCCUGCAGAGGCGGGGGACUGGCACACGCAGCGCCUGCCUGGGAUGCUCUACGCGGCCUUGUAUUUGAUCCAGCUGCAUCCGUUUUUCACUGUCCGCAAUGCGCUUGUGUCACACACCUUUGACAGCGCGUCGACCGUGGAUGUGCGGAUCUUUGUGGUGGAGGGAGAGCUGCUUGUUCUUCUCUGCUGCUGCGCCGCUGCUGCUCCCGUGCUGCCGGUGGGUCGCUAUCGCGUAGUAAAUUGCUACCUGGGCUUCUCCAGUAGCUUGCUGUCGCUGAUCGCCGUCGCGUGGAUGGUGGUGCACCCAGUGGAGUCGUUUCAGGUAUUGCCGGCGCUGCUCUGGUGCAUUCUACGUCUUCUGGUCAGAGCCCUAUUUGCCUGA